CCCCCCUCUCAGUUGGCUUCUCUAUAACACGAACUGGGAAUUCAUGAUGCAUACCAAUGGGAUGUACAGCUUCACAAAAGUUACCAUGUGGCUUCUGCUGUUCUGUAUGUUUGUCAAGAAGGUGUUCCCUGCUGGAAAUGACACCAUCAUUGCUACUUCGAAUGGAAUGGUCAAAGGUAUUCAUUUAUCUGUGCUUGGUGGAACAGUAGCUGCAUUUCUUGGGAUUCCUUUUGCAACACCACCAAUUGGUAGUCUGCGUUUCAAAAAGCCACAACCUCGAGAACAAUGGAAAGGAACUUGGGAUGCCACUAAGUAUCCCAAUUCUUGUUUUCAACUCCCAGAUAAUACUUUCCCUGGCUUUGAAGGAUCAGAGAUGUGGAAUCCAAACACAAAGCUUAGUGAAGACUGCCUUUAUCUCAAUGUUUGGGUUCCUUCUCCCAAGCCUAAAAAUGCAUCAGUCAUGGUAUGGAUUUAUGGAGGUGGCUUCCACAGUGGGACAUCUUCACUCUCUGUUUAUGAUGGCAAGUUUCUAGCUCGAGUAGAAAGAGUCAUUGUUGUGUCAAUGAACUAUAGAUUAGGGCCUUUUGGAUUCUUGGCUUUGCCAGGAAAUAAAGAUGCACCAGGAAACGUAGGUUUGUUUGAUCAAAGACUAGCACUUCAAUGGAUCCAUGACAACAUAGGAGCCUUUGGAGGUAAUUCUAAAAGUGUGACCUUGUUUGGAGAAAGUGCUGGAGCAGGGUCUGUAAGCUUCCAUCUUCUUUCUCCUCAAAGCUAUCCUCUCUUCACUAGGGCCAUCAUGCAAAGUGGAUCUGGGAAUGCUCCUUGGGGUACAAUUUUACCAUCUGAAGCAAGAAGAAGAACUCUAAUUCUAGCUGAACUCCUCCACUGUACUGGCAAAAAUGAAACUGAGAUCAUUUUUUGUCUUCAAAACAAAGAUCCUGAAAUUAUAUUGGAGAAAGGAGGAGAUAUUUUAAUAUACACCGGUCUCAUAAAUCUGCAUUUUUGUCCCAUAGUUGAUGGUGACUUUCUUGCUGAUAUGCCAGAAAUAUUGCUGAAAAAUGGACACUUUAAACAAACACAGAUCUUGAUAGGAGUAAACAAAGAUGAGGGUACAACUAUUCUUGUGUAUGGUGCUCCAGGCUUCAGCAAAGAUAACAACAGUGUUAUCAAUGAAACAGAAUUCCAGGCAGGUUUGAAAGUUGCCUUUCCACAAUUAAAUGAAAUUGGAUUGGAAUCUAUUGCUUUUCACUACACAGACUGGGAAGAUGAGAAGAAUAUUUUCAAUUAUCGUGAUGCCAUGGAUGAUAUCGUUGGGGAUUACUAUUUCAUAUGCCCUGCAGUAGAGUUCAUAAAACAGUUUGCCUUGGCAGGGAACAAUGCUUUUUUUUACUUCUUCGAGCACAGAUCUUCAAAACUUGCUUGGCCAGACUGGAUGGGAGUUCCACAUGGUUAUGAAAUUGAGUUUGUAUUUGGAUUACCUCUAGAGCGAAGAGUUAAUUAUACUAAAGCAGAGGAAGCACUGAGCAGAUCUAUACUGAAGUACUGGGCAAAUUUUGCAAAAACUGGAACACCCAAUGGAAGUCAGAUUAAUGGGAUAAGAUGGCCAAUCUUCACAACCGCUGAACAAAACUACUUAGCAUUAAGCACAAAUGCUGCAAAGAUUCAAACAAAAUUGCGUGCUCAGACGUGUAGAUUCUGGAACAUCCUUUUUCCUAAGGUUCUGGAGAUGACAGAAAAUAUUGAUGAAGCAGAACAAAAGUGGAAAGCAGGAUUCCUUCGCUGGAACAAUUACAUGAUGGACUGGAAAAAUCAAUUUAAUGAUUACACUAGUAACAGGCAAAGCUGCACAGGUCUCUAAUUAAAAGUUUCAGUUUUUCUGGAAUGCUUGUAGUGUCAAAGAUCAAGGCAAACAUGGAGACAGUUAAUGUAGCAUAUCUAGCAAUAAGGCAUAUUAGGCAGGCUCAGUGACCCAUUACAAAUAUACCAUUCUUCCAGGCCCAUUUCUAUUUAUAUCAAUAAUUGUUAUGAAAGCACUUCCACCUUUUGAAGCAUCAGGAAAUGUAAAAUAGGCUUGAGGCAAUUAAAGCCAGAGGAUGAUUGAUGUUGAUAUAAUGGCCCCAAUCCGAUAGUAAAUUAUACUCUUUUUCUUUUAAAUCAAGGUGGUUGUGCUAGCUAUGAGCGGUGAUAUUGUUACAUAUUAGAAUAUGCAACUCACUUAAGAAGAAGCUUCAAAGGUUAAAUCUUCUUUGGCCAUUUGGCAAGUGGAAUUGUGUACCUUCCAGGAAUGUGCAUACUAACCCAUUCUAUAACCACUUAUUUUCAGAAAUAUCUGAAAAUAAGCUUUGAGUGAAUGUGGUAAGAAUGUGGUCAAGACACAGGCUUCAGAAUAUGGUGAGCACUGAAAGUCUUUACAAACUUUUGCUUCAACACAGAAAGAUAAGUAGAAGAAGGGGAAUAUGACCCAUUGCUCCACCAUAACAAACUUUUCAAAAUGCUAGCAAAAAAAAAGAGCUUCAUUUGACAGCUUCCACAAUCUUUCCAUUUACCCAAGAUGACUGUCACUAAUGGAAGCUGACACCUGAAACAUAUAAAAGCAAUCAGGUUCCAUAUCCCUAGACUACAUCCUCAUUUAGGUCUGAAUUCGGAUAUGUAGCUGAAUGCACACCUCAGUUAUGCGGCAAUAUAAUUAUGCAACUAUAAUUAACCAGAUUGGGGUAAUACUGUCCAAACAAGAAUUUUCAAUGCAAUGACAAUCACAACUGCUUUUUCCUUUAGCACACCACAGAAAUACCAGCAGCAUAAUAGCAAACCCAAAUGGCUUCAUUUCCACAGUGUCAUGGCAUUUUAAUCUUGCUUCAGUUUUAGUAUAAUAUUAUGAGGAAGAAAAAGUCCUUCCAGGACUUUUGUCCUCCAUGGUGACAAUAAUCACAGAAUACAACAAUAUGUGGUACAAUAAUUGCAAAUGUUUACUCACUCAAAGCUUCAAUACACUUGGUCCUUUAAUAUAUUUUUCAGUUCCGGUACAACUAUUUAGCAGUAUGCUCUGCUGAUCAACAGUUUUCCUGACUAAUUUAAGCAGAGAUUACUAAUCUAAAAAUCUAAAUCUGUAAUCAAAUAGCUACCCAAAGGUGUCUUUUACCAUCUUGAUUCCAAAAGAUUUCCCAAUAUGAAAAAGGUGCCAAAAGGAAUAGCAGAAAACAAUAACAAACAGGAUAGUAAACUGCAGAAUUAAGAAAUGCUCAAACUAACACAUUGACACACCAUCACAUAUACCUAGACCCUCUUUUCUACUUUUUAAUCUGAAGUGUUGGACUCUGGCUUUUUUAUCAGUCUUGUCAUGGUAUCUUAUUAAAAUUUAGAAGGAGGUUUGUGGGAUCCAGUUGCUUGGGGACAAGUCCUCAACAUGGAACUUUAGAUCCUCAUUUAGGGUAUUUCUUUUUA